AUGAGUUCGCUCGCGAAGAGUCAGCAAGAUUGCCACCCCUACCCACCUACCUCCAACGUUAUUAUCACCCAACGCUCCGGCUCCUCCGCCGGCGCCGUCGUCGGCGGCGGCGAUCGAGUCGUCGGUCAUCGACGUCAACCAGCUGCGUCGCAGAGGCGCAUCGCGAUCGCCGUGGACCUGAGCGACGAGAGCGCGUACGCCGUGCGGUGGGCCGUCCAGAACUACCUCCGGCCCGGCGACGCCGUGGUGCUGCUCCACGUCCGCCCCACGAGCGUCCUCUACGGCGCCGACUGGGGCUUCACCGACCUCUCCCUCUCCGCCGCCGCCGAGGGCUCCGAGGAGGAGGAGGCGGCGGCGGCGGCGGCGGCGUCGGUGGAGUCGCAGCAGAAGAAGAUGGAGGACGACUUCGACGCGUUCACGGCGGCGAAGGUGGAGGAGCUGGCGCGGCCGCUGGUGGAGGCGCGGAUCCCCUUCAGGGUCCACAUCGUGAAGGACCACGACAUGAAGGAGCGCCUCUGCCUCGAGGUCGAGCGCCUCGGCGUCGGCGCCGUCAUCAUGGGCAGCAGGGGCUUCGGGGCCUCCAGGAGGGCCAGCAAGGCGCGCCUCGGCAGCGUCAGCGACUACUGCGUCCACCACUGCGUCUGCCCUGUCGUCGUCGUCAGGUAUCCGGACGACGUCGCGGUGUCGUCGGUGGCGUAGGAGGAGACCGGGUAGUAGCACGAUCCCUCGGAGGAACACAAAUUCCCUAAAGCUAGAAGCUGGGAUCAACUGAAGGCAGAAACUGCGCUGGCACAUCCGUUGAUGCUUCUCCUCUACCUUAAAAACAAGUAAAAGAAGAAAAAACGAAAAAAAAAAAUCUUUGGAUUGGAAGAUGAUAUGUGUAUCCGUUCUCUUUCUUGUAUUGUUCGUGGCUGGUUUGCUCUUGUGAAAUUCCUAUCCUGUUGAAAACAUAAUAUCUUCUCUGAAUGUACAAUGUUUCAUCUUGGUGUGCACUUAUUACUGUCUCUAUUUUGGAUGAUGUGACUAUCAUAUGCUAAUGUAUAUAUUAACAUUAAUGGCUAUCAUGCAAAUUUUAUAUUUC